GCUACAGCAGAGCUUGAACUUUUCUUAGGUUGCUUAAAGGGGUUAUCUCUCAUUCCAUGGAGAGAACAGAUGGGUUGUCUUUUACCAUUUUCAGCCUCCACCUGCAUUUGAUUAGAGACAGCAGCAGUUUUACAUACCCCAUGCCAGAAUACCAUAAUGACAUAGCAGCUUCAGACAACAGCGUGACUAGGAUUUUUUUUCCCUAAACCCUUGAAUCACAGAGGAUCUAGCAGCCAGUUACCAUCUGACACUGUUUAUAGCAUAUAUUGUUCGAUCCACUCCCUUACUGAAUCUGCUGUGGGAAUUAAAGCAAGCAGCUUCAAGUCAGAAAGACACAAUCCUGACUGCGAAGAUGUAUCUGACUUCUCUUCCUUUCUUCCUUCUCUUGAUCAGCGGCAUCUUCUGUCAAUAUGAUUACGAUGAACAAGAUUUUAGCAUUUUUUAUUCAAUGUUAGAGCUAUCAUCUGCAGUCUGUGCACCAGAAUGUAAUUGCCCUAUAACCUACCCCUCAGCCAUGUAUUGUGAUGAUCUUAAACUGAAGAGUUUCCCCAUUAUUCCUAAAGGAAUCAAAUACCUGUAUCUUCGCAAUAAUCUGCUUGAAGGCAUAGAGGAUAAUGCUUUUGAGAACGUGACAGAUCUGGAGUGGCUAAUUCUAGACAAUAACCAACUGAAAAAUUCCAAUAUUAAAGGCAAAGUCUUUGCCAAAUUAAAGAAUUUAAAAAAGCUGCACAUAAAUCACAACAACUUAACUGAAGUUGUUGGGCCACUUCCCAAUACUCUGGAUGACCUGCAACUCACUCAUAAUAAGAUUUCAAAAAUCACCCCCAAUACACUCGAGGGACUAGUGAAUCUGACUGUCAUUCAUCUACAGCACAAUGAACUGACUGAAGGUACACUCUCUGGAGUUUUUAAAGGCUUAAAAUCACUCUUGUAUCUGGACUUGAGCAAUAAUAAACUGACUAAACUGCCUACAGGACUGCCUAAUAAUUUAUUGAUGCUGUAUUUUGAUAAUAAUCAGAUUACCAGCGUUCCUGAUCAGUAUUUUCAGGGCUUAAAAGUACUGCAGUAUUUACGUCUUUCUCACAAUAAGUUGACAGAUUCUGGAAUACCAGGCAAUGUUUUCAAUAUCUCUUCACUUGUGGAGCUGGACCUCUCCUAUAAUCAUCUAAAGAGCAUUCCAACAGUCAAUGAGCACCUUGAAAACUACUACCUCCAAGUCAACAAAAUUAGCAAAUUUUCAAUGAACAGCUUUUGUAGGGUUGUCGGGAUACUAGCCUAUUCCAGGAUAUCACAUCUGCGUCUGGAUGGAAAUAAUAUCACAAGAGCUGAUCUUCCACAGGAAAUGUACAACUGUCUCCGAGUGGCCACUGAGGUUUCUUUGAAAUGAAUUGUACAACGCUUUCUCUUAUGAUGCUGUACACCAUGGUAAUACUUUGGUACUAAAAUGUCACCUGGUAUAAGAUCUUUUGUUUUGUUAAUAAACAGCAUUAUUGUGUG